CUCCUACUAUAUCAUAAAAGUCAAUUGAGCCCCCGUACUACUAAAACACUCAAUUAACCCCUUGUACUAUAAAAAAACAAUCAAUUCUUCUUUUUAACCGGUUCCCUUCCAGUUUCACCGGUAAUCGCCAACCUGUAUGCCCAUGUGGCCUUUUUACUCCAGAUUUUGACAAAUACUACGUAAUGAAUACCACCUGACCUAUUCAAACUUAGAUGAACAAACCAUGGGACUGUUCAUCUUCCCCAACCAUUUUGACAUGCAACUCUCUCCCAGGACCCAGAUUUGGGCACCCAAGUCGCCAAAACUCUAAAUCCAUGAAAGCACUGGACUGUUUACAAACACCAGAGCCCCCUUAGGGUUAGCCUCACUAAACAAAACCAUGGAUGCAACAAAGCCGCUUCACUGGCAACCCCAUUUCAGUUGGAUCGGAAGACAAACGAGGGAUACUUUUUCAUCGCCAUCCCUCAAAUUCGAUAGAAGAAGGGGCACAUUACAACCGGGAAGGAGUAUCACGGCGACGACAUCCAUGGGGUGAAGUAGAUAGAUGAGCUACGGCGGCUAGGCCUGGAACGACGACGGCGAAGUUUGCAGUUCUGAGCGAAAGGGGGGCAAAGUCGACCGGUGAAAAAGAAAGUGAAAGGGGGAAGUGAAGGGUGGGAGAGGAAGAGAAGGAACCGACCGGUACAGAGCGGAACGCCGGUGAAUUUACUGGCGUCGGCGGCAAAAAGCCGCUCCGUAUUGUAUAAGAAAGAAAGAAAAAGAAUUAAAGAAAAAGAAUGAGUAUGGGCGUCGAGGGAUAAACUAAAAAAAUUCAAAAAACUUUUUUAAAAAGCCACGUAAGCAGUCCAGGUAAGGUGUUUACCGGAAGACUUAUUCGAUACCGGCUAAUAGGCUUGAUUGGGCUUUUUUUGUGAGUUUGAGGGUUCAAUUGAUUGAUUUUAAAGUAGGAGGGUCUAAUUGACUUUUUUGAUAUAGUAGGAGGACUUAUUUGACAGUUUUCCCUUUUCUUUCUUUUCCUUUUGGUGAUAUCAUGUAUCGAUUCAUGUUAGCCGACCCCAAUAUCGUUUGAGACUAAGGCUUGGAUGCUGUUGUUUUUGUAAUAUGAGAUUUAUAAUAAUGAAGAAAUGAUUAAUGGGUAUAUAGACAGAUGACCUCAAAAAAUGGAAAGAGGGACUAUUAGCCUUAAGUUUAGGAGGAGAUGUGUAAGGGGAUGGAAAGACGGCUCCCUUAGAAUUUUCUUCUUCCUUGAAACUUUUAUCAUGCAACUUCUCUUUUCUCUUCUUCCUUUCUGCAGACUCUUCCCUGCCCUUCUCCUAGAGGUAUUAGUUUUUGGGAGAUAGGCAGGUAGGGAUGUCUUCCCCGCCGCCGUCUCAAGAAUCUCCGCCACCACCCGCUCCUCCAUCUCCUGAUAAAUCAUCGUCCCCUCCUCCACCAGAUAGCUCAUCGUCGCCGCCUCCUCCACCGGAUAAUUCAUCACCGCCUCCCCCGCCAGAUUCUUCACCGCCGCCUUCACCAGAUUCUGACAAUAGCCCACCUCCACCUCCGAGCAACAACUCACCACCGCCGGGAAAUAGCGACGCGAGUCCCCCCCCUCCACCCCUCUCACCACAUUCCUCAAAUGGGGAUUCAUCGCCUCCGCCACCUCCGCCCCGCUCUAAACCGCCCCCUCGUCCAAAGCGCCACAAAUCGGCGAAUGACACGUCGUCGUCGUCAAAUGAUGACAGCGGUGAAAACGCGAUAGUGGCCGGAGCUGCGGCAGGAGCAGCGUUGCUACUGGUGGUAAUGCUAAUCUUGUUUAUUUGUUGCUGUAAACGGAAAAAGCGAAGGCGACAUAAUCGGAUGGCCUAUUAUGCCGAUCAUUCUCCUAGGAAAGGCGGCAAUGGCUACUACAACAAUCCCAAUAACGGGCAAUAUGGGAACUGGAACCCAAAUCAAAUGCCGUCCAGCGAUUAUUUCGUGAAGAUGCCACCGCCUCCUCCCAGCGCGGGAGUGAGUUCAGAGCACACCUGGCCCAUCGGGCCGCCUCCGCCUCCGCCGCCACUGCACAGCAGCGACAUGAGCUCCGCUGCAUUCUCCGGGCCACAUCAACCCCCAAAGCCACCUCCGCAUCCAUCCAUGGCCCUGGGAUUCAACCAGAGCAGCUUCACAUACGAAGAUCUGGCGGCCGCAACGGGCGGAUUUUCGAAGGAGAAGCUAUUAGGGCAAGGGGGAUUCGGGUAUGUGUACAAAGGGGUGUUGCCGAACGGGAAGGACAUCGCCGUGAAAUGCCUGAAGACUAACAGCGGGCAGGGGGAGAGGGAGUUUCAGGCGGAGGUGGAGAUAAUCAGCCGCGUCCAUCACCGUCACCUGGUGUCUCUGGUCGGCUAUUGCAUUUCUGGGGCUCAGAGGAUGCUCAUUUAUGAGUUUGUUCCUAACAAUACUCUUGAAUAUCAUCUUCAAGCUCCUGGCCGCCCUGUUAUGGACUUCGAAACAAGGCUCAAAAUUGCACUGGGAACGGCCAAAGGUUUUGCCUAUCUACACGAAGAUUGCCACCCUCGCAUCAUACAUAGAGAUAUCAAGGCUGCAAAUAUUCUCCUAGACUACAAUUUUGAUGCCAAGGUGGCUGAUUUUGGAUUGGCUAAGCUCUCAAACGAUACCAACACUCAUGUCUCUACGCGCAUCAUGGGAACAUUCGGGUACUUGGCACCAGAGUAUGCGGCUAGUGGCAAACUCACAGAAAAAUCAGAUGUUUACUCUUAUGGUGUUGUGCUCUUAGAACUCAUAACUGGGCGACGCCCCAUAGAUGUGAAUAAUGACGAUGAUGACAACUUAGUUGAUUGGGCAAGGCCUAUUCUGGCAAGUGCUGUAGACGGUGGAAGUUUUGAAGAGAUUGUGGAUCCGCGUUUGGAGAACAACUAUAAUUCGAAUGAGAUGCGACGCAUGGUGGUUUGUGCAGCUGCUUGCAUUAGGCAUUCUGCGAGGAGACGUCCAAAAAUGAGUCAGAUUGUGCGUGCGUUGGAAGGUGAUGUCUCGUUGAAUGAUCUAAACGAGGGAAUGAAAUCUGUACCCAGCACACUCUUUGGAUCUGGUGAGGGUUCAGAUUAUGAUUCUCAUUCUUACACCGACACAAGGGGGCAGAGAUCAGGGGCAUCAAGUCAAGAGUUCUCUAGCAGGGAGUUUGUCAAUUCCACAGGUGAUCAAUCUGGGGAGUACCGGAAAAAUGGUAGCUAAACGCACCAUAGUCCUUAGAAUCAAUUUUUUUACUUCCAAGAUUUGAUGGGAAAUGAUUAUACUCCACAAAUUGGAGUUUUUGGAGUUGUCAUAUAUGAUUUACGUGAAUGAUGACUAACGAGUUUAACUACUAAUCUAUUUUCAGUUUUUUCAAUGUUAAGUGUAUAGUGAAAGCAACCAAAAAUAGCAUCCAAUCGUGCAUUUUGUAUUUAUUUUGAUCUGUUGCUGCAAACACAGUCAGUUUCACAUUAUAGCCGAAUACA